ACACAACUUAAAAGGUCAUCAAUGGGUCCCAUGUCAUCAGGAGACACAGCCACAUAUAACUGGGUGUCAUCAGCAUAACUAUGAAAGUUUAUGCCAUGUCUCCUGAUGACAUCACCUAGCGGUAGCAUGUAGAGGUUAAAAAGUGUGGGGCCAAGGACCGAACCUUGUGGCACACCACAUGUCAGUCCGUGCCUCCCAGAUGAUGCAUCAUUUACACUGACAAUAAAAUCUCUUCCUGUGAGGUAGGACUCAAACCAGCUGUACACAGUUCCAGUGAUCCCAACCAUGUCAUGCAGUCUGUUUAGAAGAAUGGAGUGGUCAACUGUGUCGAAGGCUGCACUCAGGUCCAGCAAUACUAAAACAGAUGUUUUCUUUUCAUCAAAAUUGGACCUGAGAUCAUUUAUAACCUUGACCAGCGCCGUCUCUGUGGAGUGAUGUGAUCUAAAACCAGACUGAAAUUUUUCUAAAAUAUUAUUUUUAUUAAUAAAAUCAUUUAGUUGGAUAAAAACUAGUUUUUCUAAAAUCUUACUUAAAAAUGGCAGGUUUGACACUGGCCGGUAAUUAUCUAGAUCUGAAACAUCUAAACCGCUCUUCUUCAGAGUGGGUCUCACUAUAGCAGUCUUUAAGGAUGUGGGAAAGAUCCCAGUCUGAAGAGAGCGAUUGACGAUGUUCAGGAGUUCCUCCUCACAGGAUGAAGACACAGACUUAAAAAGAGCGGUGGGGAUGGGAUCCAGAGAACAGGUUUUACUCUUAAGUUGGGAAAUCACUUUACGAAGCUUUGCAGCAUCAAUCAAGACAAAACUCUCUAGUGUGUUCUUAAAAGGCAAACAAAAUGCAUCAGACUGAACUGUUAGUGGUCGUUGGGUGAUAUUAAAUCUAAUGUUAUUUAUCUUAUCAGUGAAGUGGACUGCAAACUCCUCACAUUUUAAACUGCUAAGAGUAGAAUAUGGGCUGGAAGAGAUCGGAUUGAUUAGUCUGUCAAUGGUGGAAAAAAGAAUCUUUGGAUUAGAAAAAUUGUCAGCUAUUAAUUUUGAAUAGUAUUCCUGCUUUGCAUGUUUAAUAAAUUUGUUGUAUUGGGUUAGUUUUUCCUUAAAGAUUUGGUAAUGAAUUGUUAGUUUUGUUUUGCGCCAAUUUCGUUCAGCAACCCUACAGAUUUUCUUAAGUCUCUUGGUUUCCUCUGUUCUCCAAGGAGGGGGUGCUUUGGCUUUGACCGUUUUUAUUUUUAAGGGAGCGACUUUGUCCAUUAUUGAUAUGAGCUUGUUGUUGAAGUUUUGGACAGAUAUAUCAACAGACAAACUUAGAGUGUUUGGUUGGCUGUGUUCCAGAUGUGAGGUGAAGUUUGCAGCCACUUCAGGGUGUAGACAACGCGUUCUAACAGUUCUCUUUGGAAGUCUUUGGGUGACAGAGCCUUUGAUAGUAAAAAACACACACGAGUGGUCUGAAAUACCAACAUCCACAACAGAGGUCACAUUGGCCAUCAGGCCACGAGUGAUUAAAAGAUCCAGUGUGUGACCCCUGUUGUGGGUGGGAACACUGACAUGCUGAGUAAAAUCCAUUGUUGCUAAAGUGUUUAAAAACUCUUGGACAUAUGGGUCCGAUGGGUUGUCCACAUGCAGGUUAAAAUCACCCAAAAUAAUUAUUCUACUAAAAUCUAAGUGUAUAAUUGAAAGCAGCUCUGCAAAGUCAGAAUUAAAAGAUGAGUUACACUUUGGGGGUCUAUACACUAUCAAAAACAACACAGUGGGGUUAUUAAAAACAAUGGCCUGGUAUUCAAAAGAUGUAUAUUCAUGAAACAAUUUGUCUGUAAAACUGAUAAAAGCAGACAGGAUAGCAGCAGUUCCCCCACCCCUACCCUGUUUUCUGUCUUUGCUUGUGAAGUAAAAAAGGGGUGGAGUCGCUUCAGACAGUGAACCAGUAGAACCACAAUUCCAAGUCUCUGUUAAAAACAGGCCAUUUAGGUUAUGAUCUAAAAUUAAGUCGUGGAUAAGAAAUGAUUUGUUUGAUAGUGAGCGUACAUUUAAAAGUGCCAGAUUCAAUUGAAGCAUAUUAUUGUUUUCAGGUUCAUGAAGGGUAUUCAAAUUUUGGAUAUGGAUUGCUUUUAGGUUUUUAUAAUUCCUGUUAGAAGUUUUUAAUUGAGUUGUAGAUCGGUUUGUUAUUAUAGUUUGUAUGGGAAGCGUGGCAGGUGUUAUUGGGGGUUUGGAUAAUAACCCAUGAAGGGGGCCUAGGGGAAGAACAGAGAUUUGGUGUGAUCCGGGUUCAGGUUCUGGAGAAGUUAAGGAAGCUGGCAGUCAAUCCUCUUUAAAACAAUGAACAGUAUGUUGAAUGUUAGCUGUUAAAAUACUGCUACCAAGUAGACUAGGGUGAAGUCCAUCUGGUCUGUAAAAAGAGGGGCGAUUCCAGAAAAGGUUAAAAUUGUCAAUAAAACCAAACCUGUGCGUAUGGGAGGUGGACAGCAGCCAGGAGUGGAGGGAGAGGAUCCUGCUAAAACGUGUAGAUCCUCUAGUAAGUGUGGGAAUAGGUCCGGAAAUAAAAACAUAUUUCCCAGUAUUGGAUAAAAGAGUAAAAAGUUCCCUAAAUUCCCUUUUUGUGAUUUCGGAUUGUUGAAGUGUUGUGUCAUUGGUUCCAAUGUGAACUAUAAUCCGAAUGACACUGGUUGGGAGGGAAAGCAGAACCUCAGGAAGCUCUUGAAGAAGAUCCUUCACCUUGGCCCCAGGGAAGCAUCUGGUAAUGGCAUUGAUGUACCUUAUAUUCCUGAUUAUAGAGUCACCAACGAUCAGGGUGGUUGGGGGGAAUAGUGGUUGGGGCUGAGAGGAACGAGCCUCAGCCGGAGCAGUCACUCCCUCCUGGUCCUUUGCUUUUGCUCCUGGGGCUGGGGGCACAGUUCCGGGUUGGACCAAUGGUGGCUGGUCCCGGAGGCCAACAGACCGCCUGGCCACCGCAUCCUGAAGGAGCUUGAUCCUCCGGUGGGCAGGGGCAGUGUCACCACUUGAUGUCUGGGAUGUUUUUGUGGACCAGACAUUGUAGUGGUGGAUAAAGAACAGAGGAAAACCGUUGGUCCGUGAACACCUCACAUCAAACGCCUUGUUCUCACAAACUUAAAAAAAACAGUCGUUCUGUGUUUCAUUUUCAUAUUUCUUCUAUUCCUCCUUGAUGUUUCAGUUAACACAUGGCAGCCAGUGACAGCCAAUCAGCGCGUCGCUUUUAGGGCGAGCCUCCACGGAGCUCGACCAAUCAUGAGCACGGAGCAGGACCCGUGCCUCCCGAGUUGUGCAGCGACGUGGUCACGUGAUGCGAGGGGAGCAGGAAUGCCAACAUGGUCCCGUGGCAAGGACGGGAUGUGAGCGCGCGGCGACAAUAACACGACGGCAGCUUGCGAAAACCCCCCGAAGACUGUGAGCCUUUGACGCGCCGGAUUCUUCCGUCGAGUCGCCGCCUGAAAACGGCUGGAUUCUCUAUUUGUGGACACUUUCCCUCCCCAACGGCGGAUCAAUGGUGUCUCUCAGCAGCCGAACGCUCAGCGUGGAGACGGAGCUGUUUAGGGACGGCGGCGCCCUCUUCUCCCUCUGCCCGGGAGACGGAGCCCACAGCAAAGGUGGCGGCUUGCCCUCCUGCAGCCUCCUAGAGGCGCCGGAGGAGGGGGCCACGCUAAGCUCCAGUCUCGGCGAGGAGGAAGACGAUGAGGAGGAAGACGAGGAUGAGGAUCUCUUUCUAAGCGCGGCGGAGGACAGAAACUAUCCGGACCCCAAGUUGCCGGAGUUUGCCUUCCCCCCCUCGUCCCCGUUUUCACCCACCCUGGAGGAGAUUGAGGAGUUCUUACGGGAAAAGAUGGAGCCUGUGAAGGAGGAGGAAGAGCUGCUGGCCCUGAAAGCUGAAGCCUCCCCGGAGUCGUGCAGCUUCGAAGGCUCCCUGUCUUCCUCUGGACCCCCAGCUGCUUCCAAAGAGAGCGAGGGGGGGCCAGGAAUCAAACAGGAGAACAGUCCUGGCCGAGCUCAGCCCUCCCCACCUGCCCACCCGUACCCUUCUCCGCCCGCUUUGACCCCGCCCAUGCUGCUGGGGUCCCCGUUGGUUCUGCAGCUUCAGCCAAUACCCGUGGCCCCCCCACAGGCUCCGUCAGGAUCCCCUCAGGGGGCCCAAAACGGGAUCUGGCUCACCCACCUGGUGAUGGGGCUUCAGGGUGCAGCGGCACAAAAUCUCACCCUGCUGGCCCCGCAGGUGUCCUCCACCCAAACCGCCACCUUGCUGUCAAUCAGCAACGGCGACAACAAAUCCGGCGACCAGAAGUACGUGAAGAUCGCCCCCCUGCCCAUCAGCACCAGGACUGUAGAGAUCACAGCCGUGACGGGAGUGGAGGGUCAGAGUCUGCUGAAGGCUGUGGCUCCCCGGGUGAACAAGGUGCUGCCCACAGAGAGGGUCCACAAGUGCUCCCACCCAGGCUGUGGGAAGAUGUACACCAAAAGCAGCCACCUGAAGGCGCACUUCCGCCGCCACACGGGGGAGAAGCCCUACACCUGCAGCUGGCCAGAGUGCGGCUGGAGGUUCUCCCGAUCCGAUGAGCUGUCCCGCCAUCGCCGGUCUCAUUCGGGCAUCAAGCCAUACGAGUGUUCUCUGUGCGAGAAGAAGUUCGCCCGCAGCGACCAUCUAUCCAAACAUACGAAGGUCCACCGCAGCUCCAGGUCCAGCAGGAUUAUCCGAGCCACCGUGUGACGCUUGGAGCCGACCCGAACCGUGCCCAGACCGAGCCUGGACCCGCCCCGUCGGCUCUGACUCAGGACGCUGAGGCUUGAGUCUCAGGAGUUUUGGUGCUUAACAAGCAAAACCUUCGGAAGAAUCCGAGCCGGAUGAUGUUUCGGUGUCCGCAGUUUCCUUCCGUUCUCUUCCAUGGAGAUUGAGCUAAAGCUGCGCCGGAACCGGACUUCCGGUCCUCAGUAAACUGCAAGGAACUUCUCUUCGUCGUUGCUCUUCCUCACAGAUCAGGGUUUCUACGUGAAAUAUCUAAACUCUGCAGCGUCCAUCCAUGAAGCGUAUCAGCAGCCUCCCCUGCAGGAAAGGAAAAGAGGAUUUGGCAAACGCUGAUGCGUAAAACUUAGGCCUUGUUUUUACAAUAAUCACACAAAAAAAACCUUCCUUAAUCGGACCCGUAUGCCUUUUCUUCAUUCCCCGCAAAAAUCUCCUCGUCGAUGCCUUCGUCCUCGCCACAAAAUCUCGUCUCAAACCUGCUGCUGUUGGGCUUUCAUCAAUCUGAACGCGCCCGUCAAAUAUCCGCUCCUAACAGGUAGGCGGCGCCAAUCCAGAAAAGCCUGUGAAUGAAAAGUCUCCCCCCGAGGAAGUAAAGAAAUCGUGAAAACCCAACAGUGCAAAAACGAUGUGAAAAACAUUCUUUACUUAUUUACAGUAGCACUUACUGAAAAACAGAACAGAAAGGUCUUCUUUCAGUCAUAGCAGCAAGAAAAGCUAGUAGUGUAGCGAGCUGUGAAGGCAGCUAACACUUCGUCAAUCAUUAACUCUUUCAGAACGACCUGUACUGAAACCAGGACAGUGUGUGUACAGCUUGUUGCCUUUAUUUAGCAAUGUUUUUUUUUUUUAACUGACAGUUUUUAAUCAGUGCAUUAAGCUAUCCGUUGGUGUCUCCGGAUAAGGUUUGUUCCGUGAUUGUGAUCGAUUCGUGGAAUGUCUGACAGAUUCGACCCCAAAUCAUAAGCUACGUAUGCUGAUCCCAAGUGCACUUGUGUCUAGAGGAAUCAUGGGAUUGCAACAAAGGAAGAAAAGCGUCACGUGGACGGCUUUACCCACGAAAAAGUGAUAUUUCGGUGCUUGGCUGCACAGGUCACAGCCUGCACUGGACGUUCUCAGCUGGAGCAACACUGGUGCUUUAGAAUAAGCUUGAACGUGGAGCACUUCUCGCGGAGCGCUCACUCCUCAUGGCGUGUCGGUCCCGCAGCGGGACGCUCCAGGUUACUACGAGUUAAAAAAAGAAACAAGCUCGCUCUGUAAGGUGGAAGCAGACAGACGGGCAGACGUGUUGAUCCGUCUGGACUGGUGCUGUCUUUGUGUCUGAGCCUCCCCAGGCUGCUUCCACUGACCUACAUCCAGACCUGAACGCCCCCGUCAUCGCCCACUGCUCCCUCUGUCUGCCCGUGUAUGUCCAACGUACAUCCAACAGACAAACCUGCCUGUCUGUGCUAAAAAGAGAAAACACUUUUUGGGGGGUUAUUAUUAUUUGUUUUUUUAAUACAAGAAAUGCUAUUUUCCUA